AUGGCUGCGACCACCACCACCAACACGUCAUCGAGGCCCAGUGGCGGCCCACUGGUCCCCUUUGGCCGCCCGAUGCGGGACCUGUUCCCCUUCUCGGCGGCCUACAACCCGCUGAACCACGGCAGCUACGGCGCGCACCCGACCGCCGUGCGGGCCGCCCACCUGGCGGUCCGGGCGGAGGCCGAGUCGGCGCCGGACCCGUUCAUCGUCUUCAACUUUGCCCCGCGGCUCGUCGCGCAGCGGCAGCUGGCGGCGGACCUGCUCCGGUGCGCGCUCGAGGAGCUCGUGUUCGUGCCCAACGCGACGACGGGGAUCGACACGGUGCUCAAGAACAUCCGCUGGGCCGCGGGGGACGUGAUUGUGUGCUACGACGUCGUGUACGGGUCCGUGGCCAACGGGCUGAGCUGGGUCAAGGAGGUCCACGGCGGCGUCGACGUGCAUGUGCUCAAGGUGUCCUGGCCGAUUGCGGACGACGAGCUCGUGGCGCAGUAUGUCGCCGCCGUCCGGGCGAUCAAUGCGCAGCCCGGAAAGCGCGUGCGGCUGGCCAUCUGUGAUACGAUUGUCAGCAUGCCCGGGAUGAGGAUCCCGUUCGAGAAGCUCGUGCCUGCGCUGAGGGCGGAGGGUGCGCUGGUACUGCUCGACGGGGCGCACGGGAUCGGGCACGUCGAGAUCGACCUGAGCCUUGUCCAGCCAGACUUCUUCGUCACCAACCUGCACAAGUGGCUGUUUGUGCCGAGGGGGUGUGCGGCGUUUGUGGUGCGCAAGGAGUUGCAGGCCCUGAUCAGGACGACGCUGCCGACUAGCCAUGGGUUCCAGCCUGUGAAGCCCCUCGAGGAAGGCAAGAUCAGGGAGGAUGCGUACGCUGACAUGUUUGCGUUCACUGGUAAGAAUGUCGCCUCGUCUGAGGUUAACUCGUCUGGUGUAGGCACGGCGGACUCGACGAACUGGUUGACUGUGGACGCCGCCGUCAAGUUCCGCAACGAGACAUGCGGAGGGGAAGCUGUUAUCCGGGAGUACACAUCCGCCAUUGCUCAGCGUGCGGCCGUAAUCGUGGCAGACAUGUUUGGCACCGAGAUCCUCGACCACCCAGGGUCGUGCAUGCGCAAAUGCAACUUUGCCAACGUGCGACUACCCCUGGACUAUGCAGCGUUCGAAAUCCCAGACACGGUCGUCUACUGGAUCAAGAAGACCGCAGUCGAGGAGAGCGGCGUGUAUUUCCAGCUCGUCGGCUUCCAAGGGGCGUUCUACUGGAGGAUCAGUGGUAUGAUCUAUCUAGAGGAGGAUGAUUAUCGAAAAGGAGCUGAAGUGCUGCAGAAGCUGUGCGCCAGAGUUGAGAAGGGCGAACAUUUGAAGCAAGCGAGCUCGUAGAGGAUGACCAAUAGACCAUGUCCAGUGAAUAGCUCAGUAGGAGCAUCUUGAUUUCCAUAAAUUCUUGUCAAUAGCGUUCUCGGUGUCAAAAGAUGCAGCUUGCGUGAAUGCGGCUUGGUCCUUUAUUUGUAUAUGUACAAUAUCUUCUGGUCUUUGG